AGAGCAACUAUGCCAAACACCAUUGUCCCGGACAACUGCUAACCAUGCCUGAUCCAGCCAAGCCUGCCCCCAAGAAGGGCUCAAAGAAAGCCGUGAGCAAGACCGCCGGAAAGGGUGGCAAGAAGCGCAAGAGGACCAGGAAGGAGAGCUAUGCUAUUUACGUGUACAAGGUCCUGAAGCAGGUCCACCCCGAUACUGGGAUCUCUUCUAAGGCUAUGAGCAUCAUGAACUCCUUCGUCAACGACAUCUUCGAGCGCAUCGCUGGUGAGGCUUCCCGCCUGGCACACUACAACAAGCGCCACACCAUCUCCUCCAGGGAGAUCCAGACCGCAGUGCGUCUGUUGCUGCCCGGUGAGCUCGCCAAGCACGCCGUGUCCGAGGGAACCAAGGCCGUCACCAAGUACACCAGCUCCAAGUAAAGAGUUCUCCCCUUUUCCCAAACCAAAGGCUCUUUUAAGAGCCACCCAAAACCUCAUCAAAAAGCUAUUCCAUGUAUUGUAAAUAUUGAACACAAUGAUCUGUGCAGUAGGCCUAUGUGAUCAAAUGAAGUCUUACGCGCACAACCAAAGCCACCAGUCCACAAGCUAACAAACCAAAUGCAGGCUACUGAAUCAUUUGUCAGGCCAGGCAUUUGCAGUCUUUCGCUAUUGGGCCUCGCAUGUGUCAACACAGCGCCUGGUUGAACUUGUAGACCAAUUCAAGUACGUAUGUAUAAGUGUUUUAAGUUGACCAAACUUACUGUGAGAAAUCUGCUCAACUUAUCACGUUUAAGUUGACCAAAGUCAAGCAGUCCGGACCCCUAACUUUUCAUUGCACGUCUGCUCUACUUUUUUGCAGUGUGCUGUAUUGGAUCAUGUUGAUGCGUGUCAUGUGAAGUUGCGACAGUGUAGUAUAAUUGGCCUUCAAUCACAGUUAAGAUUGGGGAAUAUAUUCUGGAAAGUACGACAAGGAUGUAUUGGCGAACAAAUACCCACUGCUCGGCCAGCGAGCGCUCUUGCUGUAGACUCACACGUUGUAUAGCCCGUUACUUCACAGGC